GUGUGAGUGUGCAGCUGUGGGGUGGCUGAGUCCUUCAGCCUGUCCUUCAGCCUGUCCUCUCCUGUCCCCUGGUGUCCCCAGGCCAGCUGAAGCUGUCCAUCGAGGUGCGGGGCCGGAUGCUGGUGCUGCACGUCAUGGAAGCAAAAGGUCUGAUGGGAGCAGAGUGCCGUGCAUGUGACUCCUAUGUGAAGACGUCCAUUGUGCCAGAUGCUGACUGGAAGUGCAGGCAAAAGACGAAGACAGUGCCAGACAGCAAAAAUCCUGUGUUCCACGAGCACUUUGUGUUCCCCGUGAAAGAGGACGAUGAGCAGAAGCGUCUCCUGGUCACAGUCUGGAACAGAGAGAGGAAUUCCAGGCAGAGUGAACUGAUCGGCUGCAUGAGCUUUGGUGUGAAGUCUCUCCUGUCCCUGGACAAGGAGAUCAGUGGCUGGUAUUACCUCCUCGGGGAGGACCUGGGCAGGACCAAGCACCUGAAGGUGGCCAUGAGGAGGCUGAAGCAGAGCACAGGACCGUGUGCUCUGGGAAGGGAAAGGCCCAUGGUGGAGCCUGGGUGA